AUGAUGCAGCAUGAGGUAAGGCCAUCUUCUGCGCCUCCGCCCGCUUCCUCUGCUGGCCAUUCUGAAGACAUUGCUCGUUGUCGCUCGGUCCCUCCAACCAUAGACCAAGGCCCGACGCUUCAAGGCGUUCUUUCGCUUCCAUUUCUUACGAAAGCCUUUGAUGAGUAUGAACGUGGAGCUCCAGACUCGAUUCUUUGUAUGAUUGACAUUUUGGAGCAGACAUAUUCCAGUAGCAGCAUCAUGAUUGGUGUAGAUACCUUGAACAUCUUUUCUAGCUUCAUUGAGCAUCUGAAUCAAACGUUCAUUUUCAAGCUUUCGCCGAAGCAUUCUCUUUUGAUCAAGACCAUUUUACAUACAAACUGGAUACGGUUUGAGCCCAAAGCGGACUCAAAUGCGGCGCUUUUUGAGGCCUCAUAUUCGAUCUUUUUUACAAGAUUUUCGGAUUGGAUGUUGAAUAUCCUUUCAGCCUUUCUUUCGCAUUUGGGCCCUGUUUUGGAGUCGAUUGUUGGGUCUCUUUACACGAUUUCCACCCUUGCAGGAUCAUCUUGUGUUUCCGAAACGCCGAGAGUGAAUGUCCUAUCACAAAGAAUCCACAGUGUCAUCAAGCCUCUGAUCAAGAUGAUUCCGAUGCUACAGGCGUCAAUCCUGCCUUUUAUCAACGAAUUUUUCCCCCACCCGCGGCAGAUAGAUUCUCACGACUAUUUGAGCUGCUACUUGUCUGAGUGCAUAAAAAUCUGCCAUUACUGGCCUGAAAUCCGUCCUUCUCUUAUUGAGUUGUUGAUUUCCAAGAUCAUCCAGAUCGAUGUCGAGGUUCAAAUAGAAGUCGAUGAGUUGGAGGAUGAUCUUUUUGAGCACUUGGAAAGCAACAUUCUUGAGGGCUCUGAAGCCGAACAGAAUGCCUCCCAUUCAAGCGAUGACGCUGAACAGUACGAUGGCGAUCUUAUGCACCGAAAACGACCCAGCGAAGAUGUAGAUGAAGAUUGUUCCCCGGUGGCUUUAAACUCGUUUGAUUCGAUAGCGACCAUUAAAGCGCUGAUUGCUCGGCUUGAUUCGUGUCUUCUUUUGGUAUUCAGUUUCAUUGAAAGAAUCAAAUCGGAAGACACUGAGGUGUCGUUUGCAAAUCUCUUUAUUUCUUUGCUUGUGAUUUUUGAAAAGGUGGUGCUGCCCACAAUGAGGUCGAGAUAUACGCAAUUUAUUCUCUUCUACAUCACAAGUCUUGAUGAGCGGUUCCCCGAUUAUUUCUUGGGCGUGUUGAUCAAUCGCCUUUCUAGCUCAUCGCUUUCCAAUUCAUCAUCCACCCUUAUUUCGUCUUUCAAGGGGGCUGGGGGCCAGUAUUUUUGCGACUCCACAGCUUCUUGGAUUGAUACGUUGAAGCUUUCCUCUGGAGCCGGCUGUAGGCCUUCCAAAGAGUGCUUGAAGUCGGGCUCCUUCGAUGCGUUGAGGCUAUCCUCUGCAUGCUACAUCAGCGGGUACGUUGCCCGGGCCAAGUUUAUCCCAAAAAAGACCGUUAGAAAAUGUUUGCUAUACCUUUUAUGCUGGGCAGGAAAGUACAUUCGAAACCAUGGAUGCCCAGAUUGCAGACAAGGAUAUGCAUGCAAAGAGCCGAUCGGGGCAACUUCAAAGGCCCAAUUCGCAUAUAAGCAUUCGAUUUUUUUUUCCGUAUCGCAAGCCAUUUUUUACAUCCUUUGCUUUCGCCACGAAGAGGCCCUUUUGGAAGAUGCAAUGCAAGACAUCUCAUGCCGUGAUCUGAAGCCACACUUGGCAAAGCUGAUGUGUAAUGGUUGUUUAAGCCCUUUGGCUUCGAUCUUGUCCACCAUUUCGGCGGAAUUUUUGCAAAUCGUUGAGGCCUGGUAUCCGGAGCUCUCUCCGAGCGACCAAAGCGGAUUGAAAGCCGCCAUUUUGACACCCGCAAAUUCAAGGCCCAAUUCUCCGAUGCCGAGCGCAACGGCACCCUGUUGCUCCUCGCCAUUGAUGAUGGACUUUUUUUUAACGGAGGACACGGUCACAAUUUCUGCCCAGCUGAAAGCCCUGGAGUCUCUUGAAAACUUUUUCCCAUUUGAUCCGUUCAAAUUGCCAAGCUCGAAAAUUUUUAUACCAGAAUCGCUAUUUAUCGACUGGCCCGGCCACUGCGCAUCUGAAGAUGACGACGAAGAUGGCGAAUUGGACAGCCAGACUUGA